AUGCAACACGCCGGAUACCAAAAUAUGUACGAGAUACCUAUCAUUAUCAGCACUCCAGACUGCCACCCCGUGCCAGAGGGGCAACGGGCUAUGGUGUCCGGGUCAAAUGGACCAGAGACGCAUCCUCCUCCUCCUCCUCCUUGUCUCCCAGAAUCCCAUCACGGCCCAGCGUUGACCACGUCGUUGGUCUCCGAAGGCACACAGACAGAUCUCCCAGACCAGACUUUCAUCAGCGGCGAUUCGCCCACUACUCAAUCCCAUGGCGACUCUCCAUUCACCAGAACACCCUUCGGGGCAUGGACCGACCGUUUCUACCACAACCACAUAUCGACGCAUCACCCAGGCAGCAACAACAACAACACCACCACCACCACCACCACCACCACCCCAGCAGAGUCGUCGCUUGCUCCUCCUGAGACGGAUCUUCCCAACCGUCCAAUGACACCGAGGGCAGAUCUGUACAACGGCCAGACAUCGGCCAAUUUUGGCAUGACUUUCGGCCCUCGACCGGCGCCUCUUCGGCGGGGCCGCUCGAAGCCGUCGACCUCUCCCAACAGCUAUGAAGACCAGAAACAUCGGAUGAUGAUGAACUGGUUGGAGAGGAGAGGCACCGUGUAA